UCUGUCGCCCUCUGCUGGACACAUCCGGGUCACGUUUUACCAGAAAGCUGUUUUUGUUAUUUAAGAUGUAGUUACAGUCUCUUCCUGCAGGGGCGCUGUUGUGUUUCAGGUGUAGUUACAGUCUCUUCCUGCAGGGGGCGCUGUUGUGUUUCAGGUGUAGUUACAGUCUCUGCCUGCAGGGGGCGCUGUUGUGUUUCAGGUGUAGUUACAGUCUCUGCCUGCAGGGGCGCUGUUGUGUUUCAGGUGUAGUUACAGUCUCUUCCUGCAGGGGGCGCUGUUGUGUUACAGGUGUAGUUACAGUCUCUUCCUGCAGGGGGCGCUGUUGUGUUUCAGGUGUAGUUACAGUCUCUUCCUGCAGGGGGCGCUGUUGUGUUUCCUGGCAGCGCCGUCAUUAAAUAUGAUGCAGCCGUUUUGAUUUUAGCGUCACUUCUUGCAGUGGAGGCCACCGUCUCCUCCCGCUGCUCCGAGCCUCCAUCCAUCCCUCCAUCAUCAGCCGAGCCUCCCGUUAGCACGCCUCCUCCUGGCAUGUUUAACCCGGGUUAUCGCUCCUCCGGCCCGGUCUGAGUCCGUCCCCCGCCUCAUGGAGGAGUAGUCCGGAGGAUCCAGCGCCCUGCAGGCUGCCGCCGGGGCAGAGAGGCGGCUCCACGCCGACGGGAGCAGCGCAGGUCCGGGGAAGAAGACGGUAAAAUGGCCGGUGUUUCGGGCUCUGGAGGAUCCGUUUGCCGUCAUGUGAACGCGGACGAGGCGCGUCGAGCUGUCGGGGAUGAUGAAGGUGAAACCAUGUGGCUGGGUGGUGCUCCCUAGCCUCCCCUCUUCCUCGCCUCCCACCUGAUCGCCUCUCCUGCGUCUCACCUCUCCACCUCUCCCGUUCACCAUGACUACGACCCUGGAGACGCUGCUGGGCCAGCCGGACCAGGAGCUGAGCCCCGAGCGACUGGACGGCUGCGAGGAGGUGGGCGGCCGCUACAAGGUGGUUCCCUCCGUCGUCUGCUCCAUGUGCGGCCUCUUCGGCAUCAUUUACUGCUUCUUUGGCUAUCGCUGCUUCAAAGCGGUGAUGUUCCUGACAGGCCUGAUGUUCGGCUCCGUCGUCAUCUUCAUGCUCUGCUACAAGGAGCGCGUUCUGGACACCCAGCUGAGCGUGGAGGCCUCGGUGGGCAUCGGCCUCGGCAUCGGCACGCUCUGCGGCCUGGUCACCAUGCUGGUCCGCAGCGUGGGCCUCUUUAUGGUGGGCCUGCUGCUGGGCCUGCUGGUGGCUGUGGCCACCCUGGUGGGCAUGGAGGAGCUUUCCGACAGCCCGCCGCGCUCCGUCUGGGUGCCCCUGGGCGUGCUGCUUGGCCUGGGCAUGCUGUUCGCCGUGCUCACGCUGCAGUGGCAGCGGCUCUUCACCACGCUGUCCACGGCGGUGUUUGGUGCGGCGGUCAUCACUGUGGCGCUGGAUUACUUCGUGGAGCUCUUCGCCCUCGUGCUCUACAUGUACGAGCGACUGAAAGCGGCGCCUGGAAAGCCCGUGUGCUGGCUGACGUGGGUGGUGCUCGGGGUGUGGCCUGCCCUCACCCUGCUGGGUGUCAUGGUCCAGUGGAAGGUGACCGCUGAGGGAUACUCCCAUACGAAGGUGAUCAUCAGCCGGCAGCAGAGGAGGAUGCAGGUGAUGCGGAUUCGUCAGCGAGACGACCGCUACCGCAAGAAGAAGAAGAAGCAGCAGCACGGCUCCACCUCCUCCCACCAUCACAACCAGGCCAAGCAGCUUCACACUGAGCCCGCCUACCGCCGCAAACCCAACCCCAUCCGCCGCUACGACACGGACGUGCUCUCGCCGAGCUACAUCCAGAGUUUCAGAGAGAGGCAGGUGCAGGCGCAGCCCUUCCCGAGCCGGCUGGUCGGCCGGCCCCACACUGUGGUGGAUGUGGGCUACGACUGCGGCUCUACGACGCCCCUCACCGGAGCUGCCGGACCUUCACUGAGGGUCUGAGCACUCCUCACCUCCCAGAGGCCUGAACACCCCUUAACCAGGGAGACACGUGACUCUACAAUCACUACCCCACCUGGGUGUAAUCACACCUGUGCUAGAACAAACCACUGCAUCUUUCAAUGCAAUGAUUCUGGGUUCAAACAUGAUCUGGGUUCAAGAGGAUGAGAAUAUGCCGAGGGCUGGAUUUACCCAAAAUGCAAAAUAUGUUUAACCCUUUACAAAGUAAAUUCUGGAUCAAAACGCUCCGCCAGCCGGAGCCGUCAGUGUGGUGCCGAGGUUUGGUGGACCUCUUUUCACAGUCUUCGAUUCCACGCACAAAUGCAUGCAAGCACUUACACAAACACCAACCGCAGCUACAAUCGUAAGGGUGGACGUGGGAACCUGAAGCAGCCUGCCGCACGUCACCAUCUCAAGUCAAACCGAUCAGGGAACGCAGAUUCAGUGCAAACCCGCCUCAGGUUCAAACACAGGCAUUGUAUAAAAAAAUCAACAUACAACUCCGCCCACAUCCAGCGAGCUGUUUCCACCGCUGUUGUCGUUUUUCAACUGAUGCUGCAGAAGUAACUUCCUCAGCCUGUAGGCUUCUUACAGUCCAACAAAGAUCAUCCAUAAAGGGAAGUAUGGGCCCUUAAAUGCAAACCGGGAUCUUUCAUUUGCUUUCUGUGCCAUCCGGACUACAAGAACCGUCCUUGAAAAGGACAGAGACGUCUUUAAUGUAGUUUUUAAACGGGGAAACCCUUCGUCACCCUUGGUGCUGGACGAUACACUUCUACAAGCGUCAAACUGCUCUCCGAUUGGCCGGGGAAUCUGUUGUUAACGGGUGCCUUGCCUCUCCACGGACUGAACCAUUCAGCAGCAGGAGGGGGGUUACUGGCAGAUCUCCCAUCGAUGGCUUGUUUUUGCAUUAAAUGUGAUCACAGAAGGUUUUUUCAAGGGUGUAGCCAUGAAGCUACAACAAGCAGGGUAAAAUAUAUGAAUAUAUAUGGAGUGGAGUUGGCUGGUUGUCUUCACAGAUGCCUGGAUAUAUGAAGACGAUGUGCUUUUAGCAAGAGAGCCACGUUUACACUGGCACCUCGACCUGAACGAUCGUACUGACCUGAAAUUCAUCCACACAGCAAACUGUUCGCUCUCCAAGAGAUUAUUCACUCAUUGAUACAAUAAUUUAUUCCAUUAGAAAAGCUGAAAGUGAGUUUUCUGACUGUAAAAGUCUGAAUCUGAAGCCCCGUUCGCUAAAAUCAGUAUAUAUUAUAACUCUUAGAGUGUAUUGUGAUUUGCACUGGUCUACUUAAGCGGUCAAAACGAUAAUUACCAAAAAACAGAUAGUGAAGUAAAACAUUUCUAUCUUGUACAAUAGCUGCUGUUGUUACACUUUAUAUUCCCUCAGACUCAAAGUUUAGUUAAUCUUUGAAAAUGAUCAGUAUUUUCCUUCAGAUUCUUUCCUCCACUCGUCCUGUUUCACGCUUAAACUUCUGAGUAGUUUCAAAGAGUUGAAGAAGAGGUUGAUGAAAACUAAAAGUCGUCUCUGGAACUGUGAUAUUAAACCACAUUAAUUAUUUUGAUAUUAAAAAUGUGACUAACAGACGAGGUCCGGCUGAGGUGCCAGUGUGGAGACGGCGAGCAGAGAGUGAUCGCAGUGGACUCGUGGCCAUACCAACUUGUACUUAGACCAACAACUCCUUCCAUCUUGUGCUUUUGAUUUUCUUUAAUUGGAAGAUUUUUUUUUUUUUGUCACCAGUGAAAAUGUGAAUAUUAUCGUCUUUCUGAUGGAGGCGAGUGGAGUUGUGGGGGGUGUUUAUGGUACGUUUUUACUCAUCUGUGGGAAAUGCAUGAUCUCACCCCUCCACCUCCGCCCUGAUCCGCCCUGCGUGGCCUCCCACCGAAACACCCUCCACCCUUCAUGUGCAUCGAUGUGAAAUUUGUACAUAAAACACGGCACUUACUAACUUUUAUUUGUUAUUUCUACCAGUUUCUUUUAAAAUUUCUUUUUCAUCUCUUAGGAUUCUAAUUUUACGUUCUUCUCCAGUGGGAUGUAUUUAUUUGCUGAUUUAUUUAUUUUCUGUAAAGGAGAGUGCAAUGUCAUCACUGUAGGCCGGUAACGCCAUGCUUUUAAAAAAAA